AUGUCUCAGACAGGCACUCUGAAGAAGUUCUUUCCCGAGAAGGGCAUAGGUUACAUAUCUCCUGAUGAUGGAAGUGAAGAUGUCUUCAUUCAUUUCCAGGCAGUCACGAAUGGCGGUGAGGGCGACAUGAUCCCUGGAGCAAGGAUGAGCUACGACCUGGAGAUUAAUGACCGGAAUGGCAAGACGAAGGCAGUUCGAGUGACGAUCGACGCACCCGGUGACCCCAGCAAAGGAGGCGGUGGCAAAGGUGCCUACGGGAAAUCCUAUGGAGGUUAUGGCAAGGCUCCAACUGGAGGAAAGGGUCAUGGGGCCGGACCCUACGAUGGGGGAAAGGGCGGUGCCCCCAACAUUGACAUGAACGCGAUUUGGGCCGCCUUGUAUGCACAGGCCGCGGCACUUGGAGGAAUGGGAGGGGGAACAGAGCAGACAUAUAAUGCAGCUUCAACUCCUGCGCAGCAAUGGUACUGA